GUAGCGUUAUUUACACAAGCAGAUAUGGAACAAAGAAAAAAAGGUAAAUGCUGUGAGGACAUGCUGAGCAACGACUGCACCAAUGCGACCGCCGUGGAUCCCUGCCAGGUGGCUCAAUGGACUCUGGACGAUGUGCUGAAUUGGGCCAAUGCAGAGCACUUCUCCGGGGCUCUGAUCGACUGUUUGCGCACGGAAUCCAUUGACGGAUUCGUGCUGCUGUCUCUCAACGAAUCGGAUGUCAGGGAUCUGCGUUAUAGGCUGCACUACAAGCUGCCCUUUGGCGAACUCAAAAAGUUCUGGCAGGCGGUCUGCAAAGUUCAGCUGCUGGCGAGGCACAACAGCCAGCCCGCGGACAUAUUGAUGAUGCCCGGUUUAUGUCCCUGUGCCAGCCAUGAGGCAGAAGCCCACAUACAACCAGAGUACUUAAAAGCCGCCCUGAGCUUUGGCUACUCGUUUGUGGUGACUUGGAUAACGUCGUUCGUGAUGGUGAUUGUGCACGAGCGGGUGCCAGAUGUGGAGCGCUACCCGCCACUGCCUGACUUCUUUCUCGACAAUGUGCCGCACAUUCCGAGGGCCUUCGACAUGUGCGAGAUCACGGCCUCGCUGCUGUUCACCCUGUGGACGCUCGUCCUGAUCUUCCACAAGCACCGAAUGGUAAUGCUGCGGCGCUUCUGUGCGCUGGCCGGCACAGUCUUUCUGCUGCGCUGCGUGACGAUGCUGCUCACGUCGCUGAGUGUGCCGGGCGCCCAUCUGAAGUGCAGCAACAAAGACCAUGCCGUCGAUAGGGACAGCGCGGAUGCAACGGAUGCCAUGGUGAUGCGAGUGAACCGCGCCUAUCGCAUCUGGAGUGGACUGGGCAUGUCGAUACAGGGUGUGCGCACGUGCGGCGACUACAUGUUCAGCGGCCACACGGUGGCCCUCACCAUGCUGAACUUCUUCAUCACCGAGUAUACGCCACGCACGCUGUACCAUCUGCACACCUUCACCUGGCUGCUAAACAUAUUUGGGAUCUUCUUCAUACUGGCCGCCCACGAGCACUACUCGAUCGAUGUGUUCGUCGCCUUCUACAUCACGUCGCGGCUGUUCCUCUACUACCACACUCUGGCGAACAACAAAUCUCUCAUGCAGAUCGAUGUAGCGCGGACGCGCAUUUGGUUCCCCCUCUUCAGCUACUUCGAGAGCUCCGCCGAGGGCAGGGUGCCCAACGAAUUCGACUCGCCACGCAUCCUGUUCGAACGCCUGAAAGGACACUUGGCGACGGCCAAGCACCAGAUCAUUAUGGGCUUACAUCGCUUCUGGCUGGACAGACAUUUCCACGUCAAGUCAUCGACGUCCAGCCCUGCCACCGCACCACAGAUCAUUUCUUAGAGUAGGCAGGCAAAGCAGACGGGCAGCACGAGUGACAUGGAACCAGAAGUCCCGAGCCUGUGCGGAUCUGUCGGAGCCACCCUUGACCACUUAUCCAGAACCAGCCGGUCUUCACGUCAGACUUCCCAAUCCCAGAACCUCUCCAGCACUUCUCUCCCGCAGCUGCGAUAGAAAAAAUGAUCUAAUUCACAGCCUCAAAUCCAUUCUUCG